AUGAGGAAACCAAUACCGGCAUCGAAACGCAAGAUCUGGAUGUACGUCUACACCGCCGCUGCGGUGACAAUCACCAUCGGCGGAUCGUUGUACGGAGCAGAGCUGGCGACGAAGCAACAGAAAAAGAAGUUGGCUCAAAAAGAACACGAAGCGACCUUCGACGAGAAAAUACAGGCUUUACAGACUGCACGGGGAAUAUUAGUGUCCAAGAAGAACACCGUCGAGAAGCAAUUGCAUGAACUUGAGGAAAGGAUUGCGGAAAGAGCAAGGAAAGGAAUACCGUCGACAUCGAAUGGAUCGCGAGAACAGCCGAAAUGA